AUGCGCUCUCCAACCCGUGGUCUCGCUCUCCUCGCCCCAAUUUUUCCCACUGCACUAACAGUGAUACUCGCAGACUCCUCCCUAAGUAUCAACGGAAUCACAAACCAAACCCGAGCAAAUUGGAUGCGCCUCGCAAACGAUGCAUUAAGCCAAAUUGCCGGAUCAACAUGUCCAUUUGCAGCCUUCGGAACGGCAAUUGUAAAUCACACAGCCUCGAACGAAGGCGAACUUGUCUGUUUGGGGGUCAAUGAGAAUGGAAAGACGGGGAAUCCAUCUUUACAUGGCGAAAUUGCAGCUAUUAAAAACUGCACCGCCAUCCUAACAGACCCGCAUGGAAAAUACCGCAUGACAGCCGCAGAGGCACAAGUCGCCUUCACUGAUUUGACGUUGUAUACCAAUGCCGAGAGUUGUCCAAUGUGCGCCUCCGCAAUCCGAUGGGCCGGAUUCCGAGAAUAUGUUUAUGGAACUUCAAUCGAUACACUUAUCCAGAAAGGCUGGGGACAGAUCCGCAUCUCGUCCAUGGAUAUCUUUGAGGCUUCUUAUGACCUGCCCAGCCAGUCGCGACUUAUGGGUGGUAUUCUUGCUAAUGAGACCGAUCCUUAUUUCCUUUGGCAGUACGACCCGUCGUAUCCUUGUCCCAGUGGUUGUUCGCGGACGAAGAGUGGCUCGAGCUGCACGUCUUCUUGA